AUGUUCCGAGUUCUCCUGACUACCUCUGUGCUGGCCUCUAUUGUGGCAGAGGCCAGGUUAAGCGACGAUGAGAAGCAAAUAUUCGUUGACAACCACAACAGGUUGAGAAGACAACUGGCCAAUGGAGAAACCAACUCCAAGAACGGCCCAAUGCCGCAAGGAGCCAAUAUCAAUGAAGUUGUAAGUGGAGAAAAAACUGUAAAAACUUACAAAUAAAUCCCCCUUACAACAACACUCUCAUAAUUUAUAUUUGCAGACCUGGGACGAUGACCUUGAAGCCUCGGCGGUUGAAUGGGCCGAAGCCUGCGCCUAUCAUCACCCCUCCGACGCUCCUUACGGCCAGAAUCUGGCCGCGCAAUGGCCGCAUACCAACAACUAUCUGACACGUGUCGAGAAAUGGUACAACGAGAGUUCGAAGUACUCGGGGAACCCGCAUCUCGAAUACUCCAGCGGCAUUGGUCAUUUCACUCAAGUUGUUUGGGCCGACACCAACAAGAUCGGAUGUGCUGUUCAGGACUGCAGCAACGGGUUGAGUCAGGGACUCGGGGAUGACAAUUGGACCUUCACCGUCUGCAACUACGACCCGGCUGGAAAUGUUGAUGGAGAAGACAUCUAUCAGACCGGGGAUCCGUGCUCCCAGUGCGAGGAAGAAGAAGGUUGCAAUGAUUCACUCUGCAGUGCCGAAUAG